AUGCGUGCGGCGUAUAUAGGCGGCGGCGGCGCGGCGGCCGCAGACAUGUCGCUGCUGCGCGGGCUGCUGCUGGCCUUGGGUGAAUGUGUGCUGCUGUCGUUGGCGCAGGGCGGGCAGUUCGUGCCGAUGCGGCCCCCGCCCGCCGGCCCGCUGCAGUGGGCGCCGCCCGGGGCCGGGGGCGGCGCUGGGGGCGGGGGCUCCUCGCGCUGGGCGUCGUCGGGGCUGUCGGGCGCAGCCGGGUCGUCGGGGUUGUCGGGCGUGGCCAUACAGUCGCCCGCCGCGCUCGCCGAGCUGCUCACCGUACUGAAUGAACGCGAGGAGCGCCGCGUGGAGGGGGCGAGUGCGCGGCCGGAGAGCGGCGAGCUGCAGCUGCUGGUGCCCGUCGUCAUGGUGACGGGGGAGGACGGGGCGGCCGGGGCGGGCGGGGGCGGGGCGCUCAGUGGACCCGGCGGACCCGGGCCCAGUGGACCCAAAGGACUCAGUGGGUUCAGUCCGUUAAACGCGCUCAGCGGGCUCGUGGGCCUCGCGGGCGACGACGACGACGACUCGAACUCCGGCGAGAACCCCGGCGCCGGCCCCGCGGGCGCGGCCGCGGCGGCGGCGCUGCUGCCGCGGCUGCUGGCGGCGCUGUCGCCGCCGCCGGCGCCGCCGCGCCUCGUGCACACGCACUCGCCCGACACCUGCCCCACCUGCCAGCUGCUGCACGCCAUGCAGGACCGGGCGGCAUUGGGGGCGCUGGGCGCCAUGGACCGUGACCAGCGGGGCAAACGCGGCUGGCGAGAUCCGUACAGCUGGCGAGACCUCCGCGACCCGCGGGAUUCGCGAGACCCGCGGGACCCACGCGACUGGCGAGACCCACGAGACUCGCGAGAGCCGCGUGACUCGCAGCCAGUCUGCAUCGUGCAGGUCAACAGGCGCAGCGGGGACCCGCCCGCACCGGACGUCCUGCCGCAGUAGACACCCAGCGACACAGUGUCCUACGAUUGUUU